GUGGGCUGAAGGGGAACUCGGUCAACGAGUGCGAGGUCGGGGGCACAGUGCUGUGCGGCGUCGAGGUUUUCAGCCUGGUGGGCGACGGCCACAAUGACCUCGAUGAUUGGGGCCGCUGGUUCAAUGACGAGCUGGAGUUCACGGAGGAGGCGAAGCUGGAUAGUUCCAGCGAGGUGUGGAAGAUCAACCGCGACGCGUACCUCAGAAGGGAGAAGGCGCGGGAGGAUAGGAUCGCAGUAUGGAGGCUGGCGACGGUCGUUGUGCUCGUCGUUCUGGUGAAGGACGAGAAGCUCGGCGAGGUGGAGUUCAAGAAGUCCCCUCCCUUCCCGCAGCUGAGCGCAGAGGAUGAGGAGAAGAAGGAGGAGGAGAAGGAAAUCAGCUUCGACGAUUUCUGCGAGAGCACCUCGGAGAGGGAGCUGGUGGAGUUGGGCCUUCCGCCUGGCAUCGCCGCGGGCCAGUUCCGCGCCUGGGCCAAGCGGCUCGUGGGGGGGAUCGGCGUCUCGAAGAAUUGCGAGUCCAGCGACCCGUGGAAGCGGGGCUCCAAG